AUGACGACGACGACUUUGAACACGGUGGAAAAGAGUGAGAUGAAUUUAUCGUCGGAGAACGACGAAAAGGAAGAGGAGACGACGAUGGAGAGCAGCAAUAAUAAUAACAACAACAACAACAACGUCAAUUUCAAAUUACAGAAACCAAAGAAACGAAAAGUGAACAAAGAGACGUACAACGACGUGGUAGAAAAGAGACGAAGAGAGUCUCAAGAAGCGAGAACGAUGAACGAAGCUUCGACGAGCUCGUCGUCUUUGGUGAUUCCGAGCAGAGACGACGUGGUGGCUUCGUGCACGUCGACGUCGACGUUGAUUUUAAUGCUCGGGUUAGGAGCACGAUUUGUCGUUCCGAAACUCGCGGAGAUGAAUCCACUGACGCUCGGUUUGAUUAAAGACGGCGUGGAUUGGAAGCAUGCGUGUUUAGCGUCCGCGUUGGCGGUUGGCGUGACGGCGGGGAGAGUCGCUUUUAUGUCCGCAUCGGAGGAUUUCAGGAAGGAAACGAAUGAUUCGAAUAAACAAGUUUUGACGAAUUUAGAGUUUCCAGACGUUUUGUUUUGCGCGGCGUACCCCGCUUUGGCGGAGGAAAUGCUCUUUCGCGGGGCUUUAAUGCCCGCGUUGGGCGGAGGGGCGGUGGGCGUCUUGGUCGCGGGCACGGUUUUCGGCGCUUUGCACAUCAGCGGCGAAAGAAAAGUCUCCUUCGCGGUGUGGGCGGCUACGGUUGGGAUUUUAUACGGGGCGACGUGUGAAUAUCUCGCCGACGGGGACUUGUUCGUGCCAAUUUGUGGACACGCUUUAGCGAACAUAUACUCGGCGUUGUUGUGGAGAGCGAGCGAGUCGGAAAGAGGCUUCGAGUAUAAGUAG